UAUGCCAGCAACAAAAGGACAACAAACUCCAAUGAAACCUCUGAGCUCUGGUCAGAAAGCAACACCCAACUGCACCAGCUCCAUUCACUGGACCCCCUGCAGGCCCCAUCCAGCACUGGCAAGCCUGUCGGCCCCUCUCAUGGCCUCCUGGGGGCUGAUAGUGACAUUCAGGACCCAAGUGCCACUAGUUCUGGUGUCAGUCCGGUCCUUGCUUGGCAUGCUGCCAUUAAUGCUGCUCGCCAAGCAAAGGGAGAUGGUGCAAAGCCCGACAUGAAAACACAGCCCUCAGUCUGCACCACUGGAUCAGCUCCUGUGGGCUCUCUGGCGCAGAGGAAGAGACAGCAGUAUGCCAAAAGCAAAAAGCAGGGAGGCUCUACCAACAGCAGGCCACCCAGAGCUCUGUUCUGCCUAACAUUAAACAACCCGAUCCGCAGGGCCUGCAUCAGCCUGGUGGAGUGGAAACCAUUUGAUAUCUUUAUACUAUUGUCUAUAUUUGCAAACUGUGUGGCCUUAGCCAUCUACAUUCCUUUCCCUGGGGAUGACUCCAAUUCUACGAACCAAGAACUGGAAACAGUAGAAUAUGCCUUCCUGAUCAUUUUCACAAUAGAGACAUUUAUGAAGAUUAUUGCCUAUGGCCUGGUCAUGCACCAAAACUCCUACGUCAGAAACGGCUGGAACAUGCUGGACUUCGUCAUCGUCAUUGUGGGAUUGUUCAGUGUUGUUCUGGAGAUGAUAACCAAAGACGCUGACUCUGGUGGCCAGUCUGGAGGCAAACCUGGGGGCUUUGAUGUAAAGGCCCUCCGAGCCUUUCGUGUUCUACGACCCCUUCGCCUUGUCUCUGGAGUUCCCAGUUUACAGGUGGUUCUAAACUCCAUUAUUAAAGCCAUGGUUCCCCUGCUUCACAUCGCUUUGCUAGUCCUCUUUGUCAUUAUUAUCUACGCCAUCAUCGGCCUGGAGCUCUUCAUUGGCAAAAUGCAUGCAACGUGCUAUCUGAUAAAAACAGGUGCCCUACCAGAAGAAGAGUCCACUCCAUGUUCGGUAUCGGGGCACGGCCGUCAAUGUCUGCUUAAUGGCACAGAAUGUAGAGAGGGCUGGCAAGGCCCCAACAACGGCAUCACCAACUUUGACAACUUUUUGUUCGCUAUGCUCACUGUGUUCCAGUGCAUCACCAUGGAGGGCUGGACCGAUGUCCUCUACUGGAUGAAUGAUGCAAUGGGCUUUGAACUGCCCUGGGUCUACUUUGUCAGUCUGGUCAUCUUUGGAUCCUUCUUUGUUCUCAACUUGGUUUUGGGAGUGUUGAGUGGAGAGUUUUCCAAAGAGCGAGAGAAGGCCAAGGCUCGGGGAGAUUUCCAGAAGCUACGGGAGAAGCAGCAGUUAGAGGAAGACCUGAAAGGCUACCUGGACUGGAUCACCCAGGCUGAGGACAUUGACCCGGAGAACGAGGAGGAGGGGGAUGAGGAGGGAAAGCGUAACCGGGUCACGCUGGCUGACCUCACUGAGAAGAAGAAAGGAAAGUUUGGCUGGUUCACGCAGUCCACAGAGACACAGGCAAGCAUACCCACUAGUGAAACAGAGUCAGCGAACACCGAAAAUCACAAUGGAGGGGAGGAAAAAUCUCCCUGUUGUGGACCCCUGUGUCAAAAAAUUACUAAGUCAAAAUGCAGUCGUCAGGGGCGACGUUGGAACCGCUUCUGCCGCAGGAAGUGUCGUACAGCAGUAAAAUCUGUGACAUUUUAUUGGCUCGUCAUACUUUUGGUGUUCCUCAACACUCUCACCAUCGCUUCCGAGCACUACAACCAGCCAGACUGGCUGACUGAAGUACAGGAUGCAGCCAACAAAGUUCUCUUGGCGAUGUUCACCUUGGAGAUGCUCGUGAAGAUGUAUAGUUUGGGGCUGCAGGCCUACUUUGUGUCCUUGUUUAACCGCUUUGACUGUUUUGUGGUGUGUGGAGGCAUCCUUGAGACAAUCCUAGUUGAACUGGCGAUCAUGUCUCCGCUGGGUAUCUCUGUUUUCCGCUGCGUACGUCUCCUUAGGAUCUUCAAGGUUACACGUCAUUGGGCGUCUCUAAGUAAUCUGGUGGCCUCUCUGCUCAACUCCAUGAAGUCCAUCGCCUCCCUCUUGCUGCUGCUCUUCCUCUUCAUCAUUAUUUUCUCCUUGCUUGGAAUGCAACUCUUUGGAGGAAAGUUUAACUUUGAUGAGACUGUGACCAAAAGGAGCACAUUUGAUAACUUCCCUCAGGCCCUGCUCACAGUUUUCCAGAUUUUGACAGGAGAAGACUGGAAUACUGUAAUGUAUGAUGGAAUCAUGGCGUACGGUGGUCCAGCCUCCUCUGGAAUGAUUGUCUGCAUUUACUUCAUCAUCCUCUUCAUCUGUGGAAACUACAUCUUGUUAAAUGUCUUCUUGGCCAUUGCUGUUGACAAUUUGGCAGACGCAGAGAGCCUCAACUCAGCACAGAGGGAGGAGAAGGAGGCCAAGAAGAGAAAGAAUAGUGCCAAACACGGAGAAGAAGAGGUGUUUGAAAAUGACAAGGAUGGCAGUCUUCAAGAAGUCCCGCCAGGACCUCGCCCUCAGAGGCUUUCCGAUCUCACCAUCAAAGAGAAGAUUAUCCCCAUCCCGAAAGGCAGCGCCUUUUUUAUCUUCAGCAGCACUAAUCCGUUUCGUGUAUUCUGCCACAAGGUGAUCAACCAUCAGAUCUUUACUAACCUCAUCCUGAUCUUCAUCAUGCUAAGCUCCGUCUCUCUGGCUGCUGAAGACCCAAUACGCAACUUCUCUGCUCGCAAUAUUGUACUUGGAUAUUUUGACUAUGCUUUCACGGCAAUCUUUACAGUUGAGAUCCUGUUGAAGAUGACGGCAUUUGGAGCAUUCCUCCAUAAAGGAGCAUUCUGCAGAAAUUACUUCAACCUUUUAGACCUGCUGGUCGUUGGUGUGUCUCUGGUCUCCUUUGGAAUUCAGUCUUCUGCUAUCUCAGUGGUGAAGAUUCUCCGUGUUUUAAGAGUCCUGCGUCCACUCAGAGCCAUUAACAGAGCCAAGGGACUGAAGCAUGUGGUCCAGUGUGUGUUUGUGGCAAUCAGGACCAUUGGCAACAUCAUGAUCGUGACCACGCUGCUGCAGUUUAUGUUUGCUUGUAUCGGAGUGCAGCUCUUCAAGGGGAAAUUUUAUCGCUGCACAGAUGACGCAAAGUCUAGUCCAGAUGAGUGCAAAGGUACCUACAUUCUCUAUAACAAUGGGGAAACAGCCAUUCCCAUGGUAAAGGAGAGGAUCUGGUACAACAGUGACUUCAACUUUGAUAACGUGCUCAUGGCCAUGAUGGCUCUUUUUACUGUCUCCACCUUUGAAGGAUGGCCCACUCUACUGUACAAGGCUAUCGACUCUCACAGAGAGAACCUCGGUCCCAUCUACAACUACCGAAUCGAGAUCUCUAUCUUCUUCAUCAUCUACAUCAUCAUCAUCGCCUUCUUCAUGAUGAACAUCUUUGUUGGUUUUGUUAUUGUCACCUUUCAGGAGCAAGGGGAGAAGGAGUACAAAAACUGCGAGCUUGACAAGAACCAGCGUCAGUGUGUAGAAUAUGCUCUCAAAGCUCGCCCCGUGCGGCGCUACAUCCCCAAAAACCCCUACCAGUACAAGUUCUGGUAUGUGGUCAACUCUGCAGGCUUUGAGUACGUCAUGUUUGUCCUAAUCAUUCUCAACACCCUGUGUCUGGCUAUACAGCAUUACGGUCAGUCUUAUCUGUUUAACUACGCCAUGGACAUCCUCAACAUGGUCUUCACGGGGGUCUUUACUGUGGAAAUGUUCCUUAAACUCAUCGCCUUUAAACCCAGAAACUACUUUGCUGAUGCAUGGAACACGUUUGAUGCCUUAAUUGUUGUGGGUAGCGUGGUUGACAUUGCCAUCACUGAGAUCAAUAACACAGAGGACAGUGCUCGCAUCUCAAUCACCUUCUUCCGCCUGUUCAGAGUGAUGCGGUUGGUAAAACUGCUGAGCAGGGGGGAGGGCAUCAGGACAUUGCUGUGGACCUUCAUCAAGUCCUUUCAGGCUCUUCCUUAUGUUGCACUCCUGAUCGCCAUGCUGUUCUUUAUCUAUGCUGUCAUUGGCAUGCAGGUGUUUGGGAAAAUAGCCAUGGUGGAUGGAACACAAAUCAACCGCAACAACAACUUUCAAACGUUUCCCCAGGCUGUCCUUAUGCUGUUCAGGUGUGCCACAGGUGAGGCCUGGCAGGAGAUCAUGCUGGCCUGUCUCCCCGGGAAGCUGUGUGAUCCAGAGUCAGACUACAACCCCGGAGAGGAGAGAACCUGCGGCAGUGGCUUUGCCAUUAUCUACUUCAUCAGCUUCUACAUGCUAUGUGCUUUCCUGAUCAUCAACCUCUUUGUAGCUGUCAUCAUGGAUAACUUUGACUACCUGACUCGUGAUUGGUCCAUUCUUGGGCCGCAUCACCUGGAUGAGUUCAAAAGGAUCUGGUCUGAAUAUGACCCAGAAGCCAAGGGCAGGAUAAAGCACCUUGAUGUGGUGACUCUGCUGAGGAGGAUCCAGCCACCGCUCGGCUUUGGCAAGCUCUGCCCUCACAGGGUGGCCUGUAAGCGUCUUGUGGCGAUGAACAUGCCCUUGAACAGUGAUGGGACAGUCAUGUUUAAUGCCACCUUGUUUGCGCUGGUUCGCACGGCUCUAAAGAUAAAAACUGAGGGUAACCUGGAUCAAGCCAAUGAAGAGCUUCGAGCUGUGAUAAAGAAGAUCUGGAAGAGGACCAGUAUGAAGCUGCUUGACCAAGUGGUGCCUCCUGCAGGCGAUGACGAGGUAACAGUGGGGAAGUUCUAUGCCACCUUCCUGAUACAGGACUACUUCAGGAAGUUCAAGAGGCGCAAAGAACAAGGUCUUGUGGGAAGGCACUCAUGGGAGAGGCUGAACACCACCAUGGCUUUACAGGCCGGACUGCGCACGCUGCAUGACAUUGGACCAGAGAUCCGUCGAGCCAUAUCCUGUGACCUGCAAGAGGAAGGGCUCGUUGAUAAUGAUGAGGAAGAGGAGGAAAUCUACAGGCGUAAUGGGGGUCUUUUCGGGAACCAUGCCAACCAUGUCAAUGUUGAUCAACAGGGCCACUUCAUCCCAACCACUGUUACCCAACGUCCCCUACAGAUUCUACCCUUUUCUGACAGUGCCUCAAACGAACCCUCCCAAACAGACAGGAGAGCCAAUGAAAACGACAGAGGAGGGGACGCAGAGAUCAAUAUGCCGCCAAUCCAGUACAAUCAUUAUCACACCUCUCAUCUGUACAAUCAUCCUCAUUGUAUUUCCUUUUGCCAUCAAUCACCGAUACCCUCCAAUGCCAACCUCAACAAUGCCAACUUGCCCCCACUUCUCUCCCUGUCCAAUGGAAGGCAGCAGAAGUGUUUGUUAAGGCCAAACCAUCCAUCCUCAAGUAAAAAUGGAACCUCAGUCAUCACCGUCAACAAAGGAGUGCAAGACAAGCGUAGGAAUUCCAGCACCGCAAGGUCAGAAAGUGGCGUUGGACUCUGUCCUAUAGCUCUCCAUGAUAAUACCAGUGGGAGGGACAGUGAGGAAGAGCAAGGAUCGGUGGAGAACUACUACAGCGGGGAGGAGUUUCAUGUUGACAAUAUCAAGCUCACAAGGGACAGGUUUUCCAACAAAGACCAACAUAAUAUAGAGAGAGACUCUGACCUCAGCGUUUCCAAUGGUGACCAUCAGCAUGAUGGUUGCUUUGACGAUGACAAGCAGCCAAUCUUCCGAGACAGCAGACGUUCGUCGAGAAGAUGGCUGUUACUCUCACCUCAAGCCGCCAACAGACCAACAUUCAGUUUUGAGUGUCUUCGCAGAAAUAACAGUCAGGAUGAGCCCCCUCUGUCUCCAUCCUGCACAGCUCUGCCACUACACCUUGCACAGCAGCAGGUCAUGGCCGUAGCCGGUUUUGAUGCCAAGAAAGUUCCCCACCAUUCUCCUGCACGGUCACUGCUUUCCUGGGCCACACCUCCUGCCUCACCCAUCAGCACUGAAUGUGUAAAAUGCUAUACACCACUUAUACAGGUGGACUGGCGCAGUUCUGGGAGCGUGGGCAGCAUCCCCGGAGCAGUGAAGAGGAGUUUGUGGUAUACAGAUAGCCAGAAUGGCCCUCCUAGUCGCAGCCACUCUCCAACAUGUCUGCAGUUACCUGCCAAGAGCUGCAUGCGCUGCCUGAAGAAGAGAGGCAGCGCUGACAGUCUUGUGGAGGCUGUGCUGAUCUCUGAAGGUCUGGGGAAAUAUGCCAGGGACCCUAAGUUUGUUUCAGCGACCAAACAGGAAAUUGCAGAUGCCUGCGAGCUGACCAUUGAUGAAAUGGACAGUGCAGCCAGUAACCUGCUGAACGGCAGCAUGGGAAAUGGCAGCAACAGAGGAACGGGGAAUGUCACAUCAGACACACAGGCCAUCGCUCAUCUCAAAGACCACAAUAUCCAUGAGUACAGCGACGGGGAGCAGUGCACGGCUGUGAAAUAUGACGAGGACCUCACAGACGAGAUGAUAUGCAUCACAUCGCUUUAGAGGGCGGCAUACAUAUAAUUUCUUAGGUUUUUUAAAUUGGAUGUGUACAUGUACUUGAGAAUGAGAGGAUGUCUGUGCUCAAGUGCAUCCUGUCAUAGAUAGAAUAGACGUGGAUGGAGAAGAGAACAAAGUGCCUUGUUUUCUCAGUCUGUGGGAUGUGGGGUUGAUAUUUUUUUAUUUUCAAGAGUGGUUUGAUACAGCAGAAUAACCAAGCAGCAUUACACAGCGUGUUUGACUGUGAGAAGGAAACACUGCUGACAGACAGACGGUGGUGUUGUAAUGUUGCAGGGUGUCACAAUGAUGUCAAUAAGUCAAGAUGGCUUUUCAGAGUUGCACUUGUCAUUAACUUCUUGUACAUAUAUACGUGUAUAUAUAUAUAUAUAUAUAUGUGUAUAUAUAUAUAUAUAUAUAUAUAUGUGUAUAUAUAUAUAUAUAUAUAUAUAUAUAAGUGUAAUUUUAAUCCUUUAUUGGUCAUUAAAACAGCCUUAGUUCUGAUCUGUCACAGGUCAUUUACAUGACAUUUUGGCUACCAUGACUCAUUACACUAGUAAUGUGGCAGAAAAAGGGUAUGUUUUUUUUGUUUUCUUUUCUUUUUAAGUAUUUCAGCUAUCCUCUGUGCAGUGUAACGAUCACGCAGAUCAAAAAGCCAUCUCAACAAGCAGGUAUAAUAUAAAUCCAGGAGCUGCUCUGGGAUCACAGUCUAGAGUUUCAGGUUUAAGCAUUACCUGCCUCAGUACUUGACUUCAAAAAGGAAAUCACAUAUCAAUAAAAAAAACACACACAGGGGUUUUCCUCAGGCAAGUCAUUGUGUUUCACAUGCACAAUGCUGUGUUACACAGGAAAACAGAGUGUCAUUCUUCUUCUUUAUUCCAACAAAUAGAGAGAAUACAUUUUCUCUAGUUUCAUUUUUUUCUUUCCUAUGGAAUAAUUGGGAUAAUUCUGCAAUGCCAAGGACAUGUCACCAUAGUGAUCCCUGAACUUUCAUCACAACACUGGAAAACUGAAAUCACUCAAAACAAUUUGUUCAGAACAUACAAUUUCUCCUUUAACCCAGCCCUAUUGUAAACUGUUGAAUGUGAGGUGAUGGAAACAAGAAAAAAAUAGUUUUCACAUUCCCAAAGUGAUGGCACCUGAACAUUAUCCUUACCAGUGAGACUCCAACUUUUUUUUUUUUUUGAUUCCUGCUUCAUUGGCUGAAGCAGACAGCCAUCAUGCAAGUUAUAAUUUGUCAGACCUUAGUCUUAGUUCAUGUUUGGCUCAAGCUUUAACUGCCUCAACAGCUUAGCGUCAAAACCAAUUUGUUUCUGUGGACUGGACCUCAAAUUCGACAGGUUUAAUCUGCUGAUCAGUGACGGAAUGACGGAUUAUUUAUCCAAUUUAUCUGAGGCACCUUACUACUUGUUUAAUGUGUCAGAUGUAGGAAGCCAAAAUUAACAACACAAGUCUGACCGAUAUUUACAAUGUUUAUGAAAAAUAAAGCCAUAGAAGAUGAGAAAUAUAUUUUUGGAAUUUCCUCAUCAUAUUUACUUAAUUGUUGCUGGAUGUUUAAAAUGUAUUUUUGAAAUUAAAUAUUAGGUUUUAGCCGUUGCCUUUAAUGAGAAGGAUUUUCUCUUUCAUAGCAGUUGGAGUGCACGUUGUGCAAAACAGCUGCUGUCUAUAAGGUGGAAAUAUCAAAACCUCCUGACUUAUAAAAACAAUAUUUCUCACUUGCUGAGGUUCACAUUUGGACCAAAAGUACCAGCGUACAUGCGUAAUCAGAGUCUAUCACUGCCAACCGUAGUAACUCAUCAGAGCAAUUUUUACUGGACGUAGCAGGAAUGCUUUUUCUCCUCAGUCUUACUACUGUCGUCAGGGCAAACUAUUUGUUUUGUGUCAUUAAAGGGCUCAGUCAUUCAACAGAUACAAUAAAAAUGUAUACUACAAUGAAAUAUGACAGUCAAUUGUAUGCUUUUUAAAGAAAUGAUGUGACAUUAAAAACA